AUGGCUGACUCGAUCAAUUUUCACAACGCGACAGUGGAAGACAUCCUGUCGCUCGAUAAUAUCCGUGCGACGCUUCAGCGGAUGGAAGAGUCCAUCGUGUUCCGACUCAUUGAACGCGCGCAAUUCGGACACAAUUCGUGUGUUUACCGGGACGGAGCAUUUCCAGAGCUCGUCGAAAAGGAGAAUUGGACUGGAUCGUGGCUUGCUUGGUCGAUCAAAGAGACCGAAAAGUGGCAUGCCAAGCUGGGGAGGUGGCUUGCGCCUGAUGAACACGCAUUCACCCCCAUUGAGCAGCUGCCGCGGCCUGUUCUAAAACCGAACGACUAUCCAGAUAUUUUGCAUCCCCACCAUGUAAAUGUAACAGAGGAGAUUCUGGCCUUUUACACACAAGACAUAGUCCCAAAGAUUACGCAGCAGGAAGGCAAGCCUGAAGAUGACCGGCAGUACGGCUCGUCGGUCGUGUGUGAUAUCGAGGCACUCGGUGCCAUUGCACGGCGUAUCCACUUUGGCAUGUUUGUGUCAGAGUCCAAGUUUCGCUCAGAUCCAGCCGCCUUUGUGCCUCAUAUCCGUUCGCGCAACAUUGAUGCAUUGUCUGGCCUUAUUACGAAGCCGGCUGUUGAAGAAGUGCUUCUUGCUCGUGUGCGACAGAAGGCUGAUGUGUAUGGGCAGAAUCUGGACCAGACGUCCACGCACCACCCAGGAACUGAGCGUCGAAAGAUCCAAUCUGAGGAUAUUGUGCUACUCUACCAAAAGUUUAUUAUCCCAUUGACGAAGAAGGUGGAAAUCGAUUAUCUGCUUGAAAGGUACGUACGCGUAUGUGUGUGUGUGUGUGUGUGGAGAGAGAGAAGCAGGGGCAGCGACAACGAGGGGCUGGUUGGAUGA